UUUGCUAGACUUAACAGGACGGUGGAGCGAAACAGCGCAGUGGAGACGAACACCCUCUAGUGCUGAACCAGUCCUCUGACGAGCUCCACACAAGUCAUUUGUGUUUUCACCUCAAGAUCGCGUUUCGUGCUCCUGAACAUCGCAAAAGCUCUCGUGUCAGAUUCGUCUGCGUGGCUAGACUGAGUGAUUAAGUUUGUAGACGCGUGAUACUCUUCAGUCUUACAUCGACAGCGCGACUGUAGCGGCGUCAGGGAAGCGUGAGUUAACCUAUAGAGGGGGAAAACCGUUAAUGGAUAUUGACGACUGGAGAACACACUUAUGACAAUAGGUUAUAUCAGGUGUUGACAACCAGGGAGCAUCAGCGGUAACUCAUUGUCCACUUUGCGUCGUCUUUUGUGGUUUAAAUUCUGUACGUUUUCCAAGAGGCGCCUGUAGUUGUGCGUAAUGGGCUGGCAUUUCCAUCGCGCUCUAUCCGCGUUUUCGCGGUGCAGGGAACGAGGAGGUUGACGGCGCGAACCCGGUAUAAAUAAUUUAAGGAAAUAAACUAGGGGAUUUUAUGACAAGGGUUCUUCUUUUUAGUUACCGACUUGCGUGCGCAACUGGAUGCUAAAAAUGACUUUUCAAAGAUUUUUCUUCAUAAUUGCUUUACCAGGAUUGAUGUUGUCGGACCCCGGACAUCCAAACCAUGUGGUUCUCUUGGACACUACAGACGUGCUGGGAGAAUCGAGCUGGAAAGCCUACCCUGUAAAUGGGUGGGAUAGUAUCACAGAGAUGGAUGAGCUUAAUCGGCCCAUCCACACCUUCCAGGUGUGCCACGUAAUGGAACCCAACCAGAACAACUGGCUUCGUACCAACUGGAUACCACGUCAGGCUGCACAGAAGAUCUAUGUGGAGCUCCGCUUCACCCUGCGAGACUGCAACAGCAUCCCCUGGGUCUCUGGCACCUGUAAGGAGACAUUUAACCUCCUCUACUAUGAGGCAGAUGAGCCACAUGGUGCUAAUGCUCAUUUCCAUCCCAACGACUACGCCAAAAUUGAUACCAUUGCAGCCGAUGAGAGUUUCACGCAGACAGAUUUGGGUGAUCGUGUUCUGAGGCUCAACACCGAGGUACGGGAAGUGGGACCAAUAGCUCGGAAGGGUUUCUACUUGGCCUUCCAGGAUGUGGGCGCAUGUAUCGCCCUUGUCUCCGUGAGGGUUUAUUACAAAAAGUGCCCGUCCACCCUGAGAAACCUAGCCGCCUUUCCAGACACCAUACCACGGGUGGAAACCUCGUCAUUGGUGGAGGUCAGAGGGGCGUGUGUUGAGAAUGCUGAAGAACGGGACACACCCAAGCUAUACUGUGGGGCGGAUGGUGAUUGGCUGGUGCCGCUAGGACGUUGUGUCUGCAGCAUUGGCUAUGAGGAGAGUGAUGGUCUCUGUCUUGCCUGCAGACCGGGGUUCUACAAAGCCUUUGCAGGAAACAUCAAAUGUUCAAAGUGUCCACCGCACAGUUCCAGCCACACGGAGGGUUCAGCACUGUGUCACUGCGAGAAAGGCUACUACAGAGCGAGCAAAGACCCUCCCACCAUGGCCUGCACACGACCACCCUCUCCUCCUCGAAACCUGGCCUUUAACAUCAACGAAACCGCUCUCUUUUUUGAGUGGUCUCCGCCCAGUGACACAGGUGGUCGGAAGGAUAUAACCUAUAAUGUUUCGUGUCUUCGUUGCGGGGCUGAUGGGCAGCCCUGCCAGCCAUGCAACAGCAAUGUGCGCUUCAUGCCAAGACCUGUGGGCCUCACGAGCACAUCCGUGGUGGUCCAGGACUUUGUGGCACAUGCCAACUACACGUUCCAGAUAGAGGCUUUGAAUGGAGUUUCAGGAAUGGGAAGAUCUACAAGACAGGUGGCCAAUAUCACCGUCAGCACCGAGCAGGCUGGUCCGUCUCUGGUACGUGUGGCGAGAAAAGACUGGGCAUCCCAAACCAGUGUCGCCCUCUCCUGGCAGGAAACUGAACAGCCACAUGCUGCCAUCCUGGACUAUGAGAUCAAAUAUUAUGAAAAGGAGCAGGAACAGUUAAGUUACUCAUCUACACGUACCAAGUCUCCAAGUGCGAUAGUCACGGGACUAAAGCCCUCCACAGUUUACGUCUUCCACGUCCGCGCACGUACCCUUGCCGGCUACAGCAGUUACAGCCCCAAGUUUGAGUUCGCCACAGGAGAUGAGAACUCUGAGGAAGCAGCAGAUCAAGGCCAGGUGUUGGUGAUUGUAACAGCCACAGUGGGGGGCUUCUCUCUUCUUGUCAUUCUCACCCUCUUCCUUCUCAUCACUGGCAGGUGUCAGUGGUACAUUAAAUCUAAAAUAAAAUCAGAAGACAAAAAAAGGACACAAUAUCAAAAUGGACAUGUGCCAUUCCCAGGAUUAAAGACUUACAUUGACCCGGACACUUAUGAGGACCCCUCACAGGCCGUCCAUGAGUUUGCCAAAGAAAUAGAUCCAUCUCGCAUACGGAUCGAAAGGGUCAUCGGAGCAGGUGAGUUUGGGGAGGUGUGCAGUGGGCGUCUCCGUGUACCAGGAAAGAAGGAAAUUCCUGUGGCUAUAAAGACUUUGAAGGGAGGUUACACAGAGCGGCAAAGACGGGACUUUCUGCGAGAGGCGAGCAUCAUGGGACAGUUUGAUAAUCCAAACAUCAUCAGGCUGGAGGGUGUAGUCACUAAGAGUCGGCCUGUCAUGAUAGUGGUGGAAUACAUGGAGAAUGGAUCAUUAGACUCUUUUCUGAGGAAGCAUGAUGGACACUUUACUGUUAUCCAGCUGGUUGGUAUGCUGCGUGGCAUUGCCUCAGGUAUGAUGUACCUGUCUGACAUCGGCUAUGUCCAUCGGGACCUGGCAGCCCGGAAUAUUCUGGUGGAUGACAACCUAGUAUGUAAGGUGUCGGAUUUCGGCCUGUCUAGGGUGCUGGAGGACGACCCGGAGGCAGCUUACACCACCACAGGGGGUAAAAUUCCUAUCCGCUGGACAGCUCCGGAGGCAAUUGCUUACAGGAAGUUUUCCUCAGCUAGUGAUACGUGGAGUUACGGUAUUGUCAUGUGGGAGGUGAUGUCUUAUGGAGAGCGGCCCUACUGGGAGAUGUCCAAUCAAGAUGUUAUCCUGUCUAUAGAGGAGGGCUAUAGGCUCCCUGCACCCAUGGGCUGCCCUGUGGCGCUGCACCAGCUCAUGCUACUCUGCUGGCAGAAGGACCGCAAUCGACGGCCACGUUUUAGCGACAUGGUCAAUUUUCUUGAUAAGCUGAUUCGCAAUCCCAGCAGCCUGCUCACACUGGUGGAGGAUGUAAAUGGCUUUCCAGAAUCCCCUGAGGAUAUGCCAGACUACCCUCUCUUCAUAUCCAUCAGUGAUUGGUUGGACUCCAUCAAAAUGAGCCAAUACAAGAACAACUUCAUAGCAGCAGGGUACACAACCAUGGAUUCAGUCUCCAGCAUGAGUAUUGAUGAUGUAAGAAGAAUUGGGGUUUCCCUGAUUGGCCACCAGAGGAGGAUAGUGAGCAGCAUACAGGCACUUCGACUGCAGUUCCUUCAUGUUCAGCAGAGUGGCUUCCAUGAAAAUUGGACCGUUUACCCGGAGGAACCACAGUAAACAAUGGAACAAUGGCACCAUUCUAAUGUUAUGAAGAUGUCAUCUGUCAAUCAUCCUGCAAUUUCUGGGAUUGACUGGACUCCAAAUCUGAGAACUUUUAAUAGUAUAUUUGCUAUUUUAAUGUAUUGAAUUGAUUGUGUCUUAAGAGGUUUUUUUCUCUUAUUCAUCAAGCUUCUUCCAGAGCCUCUAAGAUGAGAGACUACGGAUCUGUUGAAUGUCUUCAGCUUUAAAUGGCUAUUAUACAUUGUUUAUCACAUCUGAUAUUUAUCCUGAUAUUUGUAUGUGUGUGAGUUAGUUUCAUUUGGGUUGCACUUUGUUUCAUUUUUUUCUAAGCAAUAUGUGCAGUCUUUAGAAAACCAAGAAAAGAGCCAAGGUAGUGAAGAGCGUUAUAUAGCUCUGUUUGAAAAAUACCACACAAAACCAUUGACUUCCUCAGGCUGUCAGCUAGGUGGAUAAAGUCUGACCUUUCAGAAGACUGUACGCCAUUUCCUUAUCCCUGUGCACCAUGGUCAAACUGAACAAAAGUAUAAAAAUCCACUCAGACCCAGAUUUGAGAUCUGCACACAUUUGUUCAGUCUACUGUGGUGUACAGUGUCUUAGACACCUCUGAUAGUUUAAUCAGUUUGCCUUGUGACUAAGAAACUAUUGUCAUAUAGAGGAGAAUCGUUUAAGUAACAGAUUGCAGUAAAAUGUACUCAUAGAGAUAUUAGAUCAACACUAUAGGUCUACAUACAAAACUUUCUGUAGCAGGUCUUCUUGGCUUCCACACAGAUGUAUGAACGCACAAUACUGUACAACAUGUUAUUAAGCUGAGAAUCUACCCCCACCCUAUUGGCUGAACAAAUGUUCAAAACACUGAGACCACUUGUCAACCUUCAAGUUGCAAUGUGCAAAUGUUUAAAGUCUAAGGCAACAGAGUGCUUCAAGCAGGACAAGGGAAAACUCUGGGUAAUCAUAAUGUAUUGUUCAUAGUAAACUAAUUGUACAUUAUUUUUAUAAUUUAUAAAGAGUAAAGAGAGAUUAAAGGUGAUAUAGGUUGAAUGUUUGUAAAAAUUAAAGUUAACAGAUA